AUGGUCAGUCAGAAUGAAAGCGUCCCAAAGACCGGUCUGCCAUCUCAUUCAGACAUGGCUCUGAAUAAUGAUGAAAAAGCUAAUUAUUAUGACUUCCAAUCCUUUCUUAAUAUCAUGAGGAAUCCAAAAGCAGAACCAAUUGUAAAAUACACGAAGUCAUUUAUAAGGAAUUUCCUUACACAGAAGUUGAAUUGGACCACUGCUGAACAGGAAAAGCUCAUUAACGAUUUUAAGUUGUUUAUAUAUGAUAAGCUAACUACAAAUGAAGCAUUUAAAGAUCUAAGUGAAUCUGAGUUGCAAAAUGCCAAGGAAGGGAUUGAGAAAUUGGUGAUGAGCAAACUUUAUACAAGGUGUUUCUCCCCUUUGUUAAUGGAAGAUAAAAGAUGUCUGGAGUCCACACAUGAGCAAGAUAUAAUAGACGAUACAAAACUCAGUGAGAAGAUUUUGGAAUUCAGAUUUCUCAAGCCAGAACACCUUGACAUUCUUCCGAGUUUAAUCAAUGCAAAAUUGAUCAAUUUCAUCAUGCUUUCGGGCAAAGAACUCUCUAAAAUCAACAACUACCGUUCACCUAGAGACAAAAUUGUGUGCGUCCUAAAUUCCUGUAAAGUUUUAUUUGGGAUAUUAAAACAUAAUAAAAAAGCAGAUGGAGGCGCUGAUCAUUUCGUCCCGUUGUUGAUCUUUACUCUAUUGAAAAGUGACGUUGAUUAUCUGGUGAGUAACGUCCGCUACAUCGAAAGAUUCAGGUUUCCUGAUUUCCUUACCGGAGAGAGUGCGUACUAUCUAAGCACUUUACAGGGAGCUAUAAAGUUUAUCCUUGAUAUGGACAAAACCUCGAUCAGCGUGCUAGAAUCUGAUGAAGAGUUCGAAAACAAAUACAACGCUAACCAAGAAGAAAUCAAGGUACUGAAACAACAGAAACGAGCAAAAUCACAAGUUAACAUUUUACAAGCUUCCAAAAAUGAAGCCCCAUCGACACAUGUUAUGUCUCCUUCCCCAAGCGGACUAAUCCUAAAACCUCUCGACGAUGCCGCAAAUUCUGUUAUAUCGAAGAUAAACGAGUUUUGGACCGCUACUACUUCUCAAGAAAGCCCUACAACUCCAACUUCCAACGGAGAAGAUAAUCAAGAGAUUGAUGAGCACACUGCCACCGCUUUGGCUCAGCAAAUGGAGCAGAAAGAGCACGAUAACACUUUGAAAACGCUGCAACUAAUGUUCCCCGAUUUAGACCCUGAUCUAAUUCAAGAUGUCUGUAUCGCAAGCAAAUACCGUGUUGGAGUAUGUGUCGAUGCAUUGUUAGAGUUGGUAGGAUGA